UUUUAUACCUAUAUAUACAUUUAAUAUAAAAGUUAUAAAACUUGAAUUUACCAAAAUGUCUGAUCAUAAAAUAAAUGACAAUUACACAUCCAAAGCAAUUAACAGUGAAAAAUGGAAAGAUGAACUUCAGAAUCCUUUAUCAAAUUUAGAAGAAAACUUAAAAAUAAAUAAAAAUGUUAAAAAUAAAAAUAAAAAAUGUUUGGAAGACAAAAUGAUAAAACAAGAAAACACCCGUAAAAUACUAACUUUAGCAAAUCUCGAAAAAGAAAAAACUAGAUGUUUACUAAGAGAGUUAAAAGAAGAGUUGAAACAAGUUUUAGCCUGUAACAAGUUACUACCAGAACCAGUGCAAUUUUCUGAUGACUAUUUUCAACUCGAUGAACGAAUAAAUAAUUCGAUUAUUGAAGGAGAGCAAUCUAAAAUGAAUAAAUUACGUUUAAAACUAGCAUUCAAUUAUGAAAAGAGCUUAUUAGCUCGUAAUAAUGUCAAAAAUUAUUUUGUCGAUAACAUUUUGACCAAUAAGUUUAAAGUUAAAGCAAUUUUGACAGAUAUUGGAGUCACAACAAUAUACCACAAAACAGAAUAUAAUAAUAUAUUUAUUAGUUUAGUUAAUGAAUUUUUAUCUAAGAAACGUCCAAAACGACGAAGACGUGAAAUGACAGUUUUAAGCAAAUCAGCUCCUCAGAAUAUGCAGGCGGUUUCUGAAUCAGAAUUAUUUCUUCGAAAUGUACGCCAAAAAUAUUCGUCCUUCCCAAAGAAAAUUCAAUUUGCCAUAGAUAAGUUUGCAGCAAGAAGAGAUUUUGAAAAUCGAGUACUUCUUAACAUUGAAAAAAUGAAUAAAAAUAAGCCAGGUGAUAAAAAUAAUAUCGAAGAAGAAGCAUUACUAGAAAAUACUCUGGAUUCUAUUGGCUAUUUAAACAUAAAAUCGGGAUCAAACUAUAAAAUGAUGGAAGAUAAAAUAAUUAUAAUGGAAGAUACAUUUGAACAAUACAUGGAAGUUAAAGAAAAGGUAUACAAUUUGAAAACAACUUUUAAUGAAAAAGUAUGUGAACUCAGAACGCGCAAAAUAAAAUUAAUACACGAAUACAUACAAUUCAAGUUUGAUGUUAAUAUCAUACAAAAGGAAUUAAAUGAUCCAGAAAUAAUAACUCCAUUAGACUUCCCUCAAGUCCUAAUAGACGAAUCUAUUGAUCCAAGCUUAAUCGAUUCGUUUGAACCAAUUGAUCACUUGGAUCCGAUGGAUUUAUUUUUUAAUCCCGAAAAAAGCCCUUUGUAUAAAAAUGCAUAUUCAUACGAAGAACCUACUCAUCAAGAAAUCGUCAUGAAAAAAAUGAUAAUUGACAAAUUAAAAUAUAAGCAUAUGCAUUUGCACGAAACCAUGUUAAAGAAAAUCGAUAUGUUUGAUGAUCAACUAUUUAAAUUGAAUAAAAUGCGAAUCGAAGUUAAGCUCGAAAUUAAAUUCCUUGAUUUAUGGGCUACGACUUUAGAAGAAGAAAUGUUAGUUUUGUACGAUUUUGAUUUACUCGAAGAUGAACUUUCGUACAAUGUUCAUGUUAAAACAGGAUUACAAAAUGAUAAAGCUCAACAAAUACAAAGAAUUCAAGAAGACAUAAAUUAUUAUAGUGAUAUUAACAUAAAAAAAACAAAUAUGCUAAUAGACAAUCAAAAUACUUUUGAUAUGUGCAUGAAAAUGGAAAAUAAAGGUUUUGCUAAACAUCUUAAAAAAAUUUUCGAUAAAAAAUUGAAAAUACCUAAAAUUAAAACUGAUUAUGACGAUGAUGUACUUUCUUCGUCUUCAUCCGAUGGAAGUGACGAAUCUGAACAAGACUUUAAUAGUGAAAGUGGAGAAUCAUUAAUGGCAAUGAGUCGAGCACCUGCAGUGUUUGAUGAAAAAGUAUUACCACUAGGCUGUGAUCCAAAAUUAUUCAAUACAACAUUAGAGUUGAGAUCAAAAAAAUAUGAAAUCGAACAAAUUAUAGGAACUAAUAAAAAAAAAUUGGAAAUUAGCAAUGCGCAGCUGAUUAUAACUUUCGACGAACUUGAUGUCAUUGAAAAUGAACUAAAAGAAAUUCAAAAUGAGUUAGAAGAAUGUCGGAUAAAAAAACAAUUGAAACUAAAUGAUAUUUAUACCACAAUUGUAUUAAAUAAAUCUCAAAUCUCCAAAGCUAAAUCAUUGAAAACCAGUAUCUUAUUAUAUGGAAAUGUUCUACAAGAUUUAUCAAAGAGAACAGUAGAAUUAAAAAGAGAGGAAAAAGAUAUAAUAAAAACUUUGAAAAAAGAAAAGUUAUGUGCAAAAAAAGAUCGCAUUGAAAUAGCUAAGAUGGAGAAUGUUUUAAAAAAUAUUAAAACAGCUAUUAAAGAUGAAAUGGUAAAGAAAUUUAAAACUGAAAUGGAUUGGAAAUUUUUAGACCAAAUGGAAAUGACUAUAAUCGAUUACAUGAUAAUUAAUUCUAAGACUGAUGCCAGAGAUACAAAGAAACGUUUUAUUCAUGAAUUAAAAAUAUUAGAAAAUAAAAUUUUCUCACAACAAAACAUAGUAACUGACUUAUUAAAAUCAAAUACUCUCAAAAAUAAAAUAUUAAAAAAUGUUCUUGGAAACUUUAGUAAAAUACGACAGUACUUGGAUACCGACCAAGAAAAAAUUAUGAAAAAAUCUGAAGAUUUAUCCACGGAAACAUCGUGUAAUGCUGAAAUAACUGCCAUGAACUGCAAAUAUGAUAAAUUACUAAAGCAUAAACAAGACAUUUGUGAACAAAUAAACUUUUACAAAUGCAUAGUGUCCCCUCCUACAGAACAACAAUCUAAGUCAGAGGAGAUACAAAGUUUGGCAAUUAACGAUAAGAUAACAGUUACACCUAUAACUGGGCAAAAGGACAAAGAAGAACUUGAUUUAGACACUAUAACGAAACGCUUUUUAUUAUUAUUAAGUAUUUAACAACACUACGUUUCUUGUUAAUUAUUUUAUUUGAUAACUCAUGUAUAUAGAAUAGUACAACUUACAAGUAUGAAUAUUUAUACCAGAGUGAGUGGCCAAAUAACUACAAUCACUAAUUAAAUAAAUAAAAAGAAUUAAAAUAUGGUACUUAACUA